AUGUCCGAUGCGAUCGGGCGUUCCCCUGCUCAAGGUGCCUUGAUAAAGGAACUCGGUGCGAGGCCACUCGAGUGCGUCGCAAGCGAGGGCGCCUUCCGAAAAUCGACGCUUCAGGGACAACAAGGGUUCAUUUCCACAGUGUCGACAGUGGCGCCAAGUGUGCAGACACCUGAAAAUUCUCGAAAUUCAUCUAAUGCACCCGAUGUGACUGUUUUGAGCCCUGGUAUUGAGGAUGCGUUGUCGCUUGAGAGCAUGCCGUGGCUCGCACGGGGACCAGAGUCAAAGUCUCAUGCCAUAGCGGAUACAUUGUUGACUCAAGACGUGUCGCCAUCUUUUACUGAGUAUUUAACCACUGGAUUCGUCCACGGCCCAUCUCCUUUAGACCUGCUAGAUAUUGCAGACAUCGCCGAUCACGAAACCUCCAUCCUCACCAAUCUCGCAGUCGGGCCUCCUAUCGGACCUCAUGCUCCUAUAGCAACCUUGCGAUACCCCGUCUUAGAACCCUUGAUGCCAUUUAUUAUGGCGAAGCUCUCUUCGGAACUAGCCUGUCGCCUUCUCGAGCUCUUCUUUACCAGCGCGUUUCCCACGCAAAUGCAGCCUGUCUACCACAACAUACACUGCUACGUUCUGAGGAAAGCCAAGUUCCUGACCAGAGCAGGUUACCGCACAAGUAGCCCAGCACUUUUAGCCAGCAUGCUAUGGGCGGCUUCGUCGGAUGAUCACGCGCUCUCAUUACCAAUACCGGCCCAUGACCUAAAGAGGAUUUCUCAGUUUCUAGGCUUGACUACCAUGAAGCUGAUAAGGUCUUCAGCUUACGGGUCUUCUGAUUGGAGAGGCCACAUGGCUAGUGGGACUUUCUGCUCUACUACUGGUUCUGGAGGCUUUCCUGAAUUUACAUUAUAUCCUGCAUCAAGUGACAGCAUCCAGGGCCUUGAGUGCCCUACACGGUCCUUGGACGACGUAAUCACCUAUGCUCACAUUGCCUCCAUACUUUCUUUGAACGAUCAAAAAGCACACAGUCUGAAAUGGUGGCAUACAGCUUUUACACUCGCACGGGAACUCGAGCUGAAUCGAGAGAUAGAAACGAUACUGGUCCUAGACAGCAAAGCAGUUUGCUUCCCAGGCGACCCUCCACCCUCUACACGAAUGCCCCUAAAUUGCGUCUGCGCUCGGAGCUACGAGUCGACUAUCCUAAUAACAGAAGAACAACGUGAGGAACGUCGCAGGGCUUGGUGGUUGCUGUACAUAAUGGAUCGCCACCUCUCGCUAUGCCAUAAUCGACCUCUUAUGCUCUUGGAUUCCGACAGCAAAGACCUACUCCUCCCACUCGACGAAGAAGCCUGGCAGGCUGGGAAAAUACAUAGCAACAGUCCGAACCUCAAAGGACCUCACUGUGUGUUAUCAGAAUCAAGAAAUGUGCGGCGUAUCUUUCCGGACUUUACAUGUCAUGGACCUUCACUGUUCGGAUUCUUCUUGCCCCUUAUGACCAUUGCCGGUCAGAUGCUCGACAUUAAUCAGGCCAGAACACACCCUAUGCUUGGUUCGGAGAUCCUCGGAGAGGGAGCAUGGGAGACUCAGCAUCAUGAAGUGCUUGGGCAGCUGGAUCAGUACGAAGCCAGCCUUCACAGCUUUACAACCAGCCGCAAUGGACUCAAAGCUUCAUCCUCUGCGCCUCCAGCCCAGGACACGGUACCACACUCGCAAGCCCAGACGCGCUCCUGGCUUACGCAGACAAUCGCCUCGUACGCAUCAUUCUACAUCGACGUACUGCACAUCCUUCAAAAUGGUAAAUGGGGUCCGGACUCGCUCACAGAAGCUCAAGAUUCCUUGGGUUUGUCUUCGAGUCUUGCCUCUAGUAUACCGCAUGCGCUCAAAGCGGCCGAGUCUAUGCGACAGAUAUUGAAAUUUGACUCCGAAUUCAACUUAAUGCCUGAGCUCUUCGGUGCUCAACUACUUCAAGCCGGCUUCUACUUCCUCUUUAUACUCGAGCAUCUACAAGAUCAAGCAGGGGCGCCGUUCUUGACUGCUUGCGAGGUUAUGAUUAGGGCUACCGAAUCCUGCAUCGUUACUCUAGAUAAUAGAUGCCUACGAGACUUCUGUCAGGCUAUGCGAAGCACCUUGGCACAAGCCCGUGGCCGUCCCGUCACCCAUCACGAAAUUCGUCAAAGACGAAGAGCAAUGGUAGAAGGACACAGGUGGGCAAGGACAGACAUCGGUUUGGCCAUCUAA